UUUGGUUUUGUGGUAGUUAGUCAUUAGUAAUAGACAUUGUAAUAGUUUCUUUCCCUUUUCUUUAUAGACUCCUGUAAUCAUGAAUGAUGGUUUGGAUUUAAGUUGAUAAAUAAAUCAUGUAUCUACUUGAGAACUCUUUUGAAUGAUUAUUAACUACACUACAGUUUUAUCAACUUAAAUCAUCAUGCAUAAAUAUCUCAGGCCCGAACGAUUGGAUGCCAAUCCUGAUUCACCUACAGCAGCAAAAGAAUGGUUUCACUGGAAACGAACUUUUACGAAUUUUCUAACCUCUGCCGGAGAAGAAGUUCCAGACAAACUGAAAAUGUUGAUCAAUUUUGUUUCGCCGCGUAUAUAUGAGUAUAUUGGUGAAUGUGAAACUUACGAUACCGCUAUAUCACUGUUAGAAGCUGUGUAUGUUCGACCAAAAAACGAGGUUCUAGCUAGGCACUUGUUAAUAACACGCAGACAACAGACAGGUGAGACACUUGACCAGUUUCUACAAGAGCUUAAAGUAUUGGCAAAGGAUUGUAACUUUCAACCAGUGACGGCCGAUAAAUAUAAGGAAGAAUACACAAGGGACGCGUUUAUAAAUGGACUUUGCUCACAAAUUGUUCGACAGCGUUUGUUGGAAAAUAAAACUCUUGACCUUAAGACAAUGUUUGAUCAGGCGCGAACAUUAGAUCUAGCUCAACGCAGUAAUGAAGUGUAUGUUCAGCCAUAUUCUGUGACAGCCGCGAUUGGACAAAAACCAGACGAAAGUGUUCCAGAUACCACAACAAAACUUCAAUUCGUUACUGAAGAAGACAAGAUUACAGCAGCUGCUGCACAACGACCCGGAAGUAAACAAAAGUGCUUCUUUUGUGGGAAUAAUGCUCAUGCGAGACGUUUUUGUCCGGCAAAGGAUGCCUCUUGUCAUAACUGUAGUAAGAAAGGACACUUUUCGAAAGUGUGUAAAUCUAAUACAACAAGUACUGGGACAUCUGCCUCUUGUACUCCCAUAUUAGCAACUGUAACUGCUGCAUCUCCGCAAUGUUUAAAGAAAGCAGUCAUAAAUGUGCGUGUGAAUGAACGUCCGUGCAAAGCCUUGAUAGACACAGGUAGUUCUGAAAGUUUCAUUGAUAGACAAUUUGCAAAAUUAAUGUCAUUAAAUAUAAAUGACGCUACAGGAAGUGUAUCGAUGACAUCCAGUGCUCUCAGUAGUCCUAUAGUAGGAAUUUGCAAUGUAAACUUAAACAUUGAUGGACAUUUCUAUCGGAAUAUGCAGUUAUCUGUCCUCAAUAAACUCUGUUGUGACAUUAUAUUGGGACAGGACUUCAUGAAAAGACACGACAGUAUAAAAAUAAGUUUCGGUGGAAGCAGACCAGCCGUAGAAAUAAAUGACUCAAAUGCAGUUUGUGGUUUAGCUGCUUCAAGUGUUGAUCCGCCGGAAUUAUUUGCCACCUUGACAAGUGAAUGCCGACCUAUUGCUACAAAAUCAAGGAAGUACAGUGCAGUCGAUAGAGAAUUCAUAGAAAAGGAGACAACAAGAUUACUUACCGAAGGUAUAAUUGAGCCUAGUAUGUCACCAUGGAGAGCUCAAGUUUUAGUAACUUCAAAUGAAAGGCACAAGAAAAGACUAGUAAUCGAUUACUCUCAAACUAUAAACAGAUUUACUGAACUUGAUGCUUAUCCGUUUCCUAACAUUAAUCAAAUGGUCUCAGAUAUCGCCAAAUACAAGGUAUACAGUACGCUUGAUUUACGUAGUGCCUAUCACCAAAUUCCGUUACGUGAACAUGAAAAGAAGUAUACAGCUUUUGAAGCCAAUGGCAGUUUAUAUCAAUUUCGGCGAGUCCCCUUUGGCGUUACGAACGGAGUUGCUUGUUUUCAAAGGGUAAUUGACCGUCUAGUGGCCGAAAACAAAUUAGAAGCAGUAUUUGUGUAUAUCGACAAUAUCACAAUAGGCGGAAUGGACCAAACCGAACAUGACGAAAUCUUACGUCGAUUUCUUGAUGUUGCCGACAAACAUCAGCUAACAUUUAAUGAGGACAAAUGUGUGUACUCUGUCGAGUCAGUUGAUCUACUUGGAUAUACCAUCAGUCAAGGUAUUUUACGACCGGACCCUGAUCGAAUGAAGCCGCUAAGGGAACUCCCUGUGCCCCACAGUCCUAAAUCGGUGAAAAGAGCCAUGGGAAUGUUUUCGUAUUAUAGUCAAUGGAUACCAAGAUUCUCAGACAAAAUCAAACCGUUAGCUAACGCUACUUCUUUUCCGUUAGACUCUAUUGCAGUGAAAGCAUUCGAAGAUUUGAAAUCCGACCUUGAAAACGCAAGCAUAAGUGCAAUUGAUGAAGCUAUUCCUUUUGUCGUAGAAACCGAUGCCUCGGAUUCUGCAGUAGCCGGAAGUCUCAAUCAGGGUGGAAGGCCUGUUGCUUUCUUUUCGAGAACUUUAAAUGCUCAUGAAUUAGGACACUCAUCUGUAGAAAAGGAAGCAUGUGCCAUUAUAGAUGCGGUUCGAAAAUGGAGACACUUACUUAGUGGGAAACAUUUUACUCUUGUCACUGAUCAGGAAGCAGUUUCUUAUAUGUUUGAUUCAAAGAAGCACGGUAAAGUGAAAAAUGACAAAAUAAUUCGAUGGAGAACUGAAUUGAGCUGUUACAGCUAUGAUAUAAAAUAUCGUCCUGGACAAGACAAUGCAUCAGCCGAUUGCUUUUCUCGAGCGUACUGCUCAUCCAUCAGCUCCGAUUCUCUUUCUGAACUACAUAGUGCACUUUGCCAUCCGGGCAUCAAUCGACUUCUUCACUUCGUCCGUUCAAAGAACUUACCUUUCUCAGUUGAUGACGUCAAGAGAACAAUCAAACAGUGUGAGAUUUGUGCAAAAGUAAAACCUCAGUAUGCUAAACCGAAUGCAUCACCUCUUGUGAAAGCUACACAACCAUUUGAACGCUUAAGCAUUGAUUUUAAAGGACCACUGCCGUCUGUUAGUACAAAGAAGUAUAUUCUUACCGUUGUUGACGAAUACUCAAGAUUCCCGUUUGCCUUUCCUUGUUCCGAUAUGACAAGCGCAACAGUUAUUCAGUGUUUACGACAGUUAUUUGCUCUUUUUGGUAUGCCUGCUUAUAUUCACUCGGACCGUGGUCAAUCUUUCAUGAGUGCCGAACUCAAAACUUUUCUACAAUCGCAUGGAGUAGCUACUAGCAGGACAACGCCAUACAGCCCACAGAGCAAUGGACAAUGUGAACGCUAUAACGGUAUCAUCUGGAAAGCCGUGACACUAGCAUUAGAAUCUUUGGGACUUAAAGAGACGCAGUGGGAAAGUGUAUUGCCAGAUGCACUGCACUCUGUUCGAAGUUUGUUAUGUACAUCAAUAAACUGUACUCCACAUGAAAGGUUUUUCAACUUUACAAGAAGAUCAUCAUCUGGCCAAUCUAUUCCGUCGUGGUUAGCCAAUCCUGGACCAGUUUUAAUGAAAAAGCAUGUGCGUGCGACUAAAUAUGAUCCUCUCGUCGAGGAAGUAGAUCUUUUGGAAGCUAAUCCAACUUAUGCUCAUGUUAGAUUGCCUGAUGGACGCGAAACUACUGUAUCAGUCCGACAUCUAGCGCCAAGAGGACAAUCAAUAAGCAAUGACAAUCUUGAUCAUUCCGUUUUGAACGAUCAUACAACUAUGGACAUUUCCGAAACCGAUGUUGAAAAUAUAAUACAGGAAGCAACCAACAACACGGACAACACUAUGGAAACAUCUCCCGUUAUUAGACGUUCUACACGUGAAGUUAAGAAACCAUCUAGAUUUGGAUUUGACGAUUAACUGAAAUUUUUAAUUGAACUAUUGUGUUGACUUUAAGAGGGGGUGAAUGUAGUAUAUUAUGUUUAUUUGGUUUUGUGGUAGUUAGUCAUUAGUAAUAGACAUUGUAAUAGUUUCUUUCCCUUUUCUUUAUAGACUCCUGUAAUCAUGAAUGAUGGUUUGGAUUUAAGUUGAUAAAUAAAUCAUGUAUCUACUUGAGAACUCUUUUGAAUGAUUAUUACACUACACUCGGCAAAUUUCAGAAAAUACACCUCAAUGCUACGGUUUCAGUGAAAAACAUUACA